AUGUGUAUGUGUAGCGUCAUGCUUGAUAAGAAUAAGUAUCGAAGUCUGUACAACAUUUAACCUUUAGAGAUGAAAGGUAUUACAAGAACCCUACUCGUCCUUGCUGUUUCGGCCCUUCUCGGCCUCUUUUGGAGCACAGACGGAAGAACAAUAAAGAGAACUGGCGAUAAUUCCAAUUGGUGCUGUGAAGUGGAGCCGACCAGCUCGUCGUCCAAUUUCACUUCGAUAGAAAUACACCAGUUUACGAAAGUGAUCUGGGAGGUGAAAGUAGGUCCUAUUCACCAAUGUGCGGACGGUGAGGACACGACUGUUGGACCGAUCGGUGUGUACUGCCAGGGUAUGGUGAACGUCUCCAGGACAGUUAUCACAUACCAACAGGUGCCCGUGGUAAAACCAGUGAUACAGCAGGGCGUGUGUCCCACGGAACACCUAGUGUGUUGUGAGGGUUAUGUCAAACACCAGGACCAAUGUCUAAAAUCCUCGGCCAUUGACUCCCUCCAGGCCCUUAUUGACGCUGGUUUGAUCGGAUAGUUACUGGCAAUCAAUUUCAUGUCAUCUGUAUAACGCAUCGGAAAUAAAGAUAUCUACAAUUUAAA